UAUUUCCUUUUUUCUUUUUGCAGCCUCACCAUAAGCCCAUAAGGCCCACACAGGCCCACUCCCAAUUCCCAAACCCCCUCUUCUCUCUCGAUCAUUCUCUCUCUCUCUUGAUCAUCCGCCGUCCGUGAGCCGUCCACCGUCGUCGUCCAGGUUAGCAAAAUGAGCAGGAUAAGGAAAAGAGAAGAUCCAGUUUCAAUGGCCCAAAAUCACGAAACUACACUCUUAACUAUAAUAAAGAGUAAAGGAGACAUGGGUAUUUUUAAAGGCGACCUAAAACGAGAGGCACUACUCUCAGAUCCAAUGAUUAACAAAGCACUAAAAAUGCUUCAAGCAAAAGAGCUAAUAAAAGAAGUAAUCAACAUUAGAAGCAAAGGUAGGAAGCAUUACAUGGCAAUGGAAUUCGAACCAUCAAAAGAACUCACAGGCGGAACCUGGUACAGCGAAGGCAAACUGGACAAGACUUUCAUCGAUUCUCUCAGAACCACAUGUUACAGAAUCAUAAGUAAGAUGAAAGUUGCUUCUGGCGAAACGAUCUCAGAUUUCAUAAAGAAGAACAAAAUCACCACAGUUGAGUGCACAACAGGACAGGUCAACGAGAUAUUGAGAUCAAUGGUGUUGGAUAACGAGAUCUUUGAAAUUAAAAGCAACGGUAUGGGAGAGUGCCAUUCGAUUCCUAUUGGAAUGGUUUGCUAUCGAGUUGCAACUGGAGUGUCACUUAAUAAACAGGGGGGAAGUGUUGGUGCGAUGGCUUCGGUUCCUUGUGGUGUUUGUACAAGAAUCAGUAAGUGCACACCGGAUGGUGUUAUUUCUCCGAAGUCGUGUGCGUAUUUUCAGAAAUGGUUAGAUUUUUAGUAAGUAAACUCACUUUUUAGUCACGGUUUUUGUUAUUAUUACUAUAAUUAGGUUAUUUACACCGCAAGGUGUUAUUUCUCCGAAGAAGUUGUGUGCGUAUUUUCAGAAAUGGUUAGAAGUACACUCACUUUUUAGUCAUGUUUUUUUGUUAUUAUUACUAUAAUUAGGUUAUUUCCGUGAUAAAACAUUCUUGAAAUGUUUUCAGAUUAUUGUGUUUUAAUACUUUUAGUACCAAGUAUACUAAAUAAUUUGUGCA